AUGUCUUCCUUUGAUAUCAGCGAAGAACGUGCAUUGAUCAAAGCAGCUGAUAGAUACAUUUCAGAGAAGAUUGAACAACACUUCUCUGAGAAAUUCGCUCCUAAAACCCUUAUAAUAUGUGGAUCUGGUCUCGGAGGUAUUUCUACCAGGGUUUCUGAAACCCCUAAGCCUUUGGUUCUACCUUAUUCAUCUAUUCCAGGAUUCAAGGUGAGUACUGUUCCAGGUCAUAAUGGUGAAUUGAUCUUUGGAUUCAUGAAUGAUUCUCCAGUGGUUUUGAUGAAUGGUCGUUUACACUCUUAUGAAGGGCAUUCCUUGGUCGAGACUGUUCAUCCUAUCAGAUCUUUACACAUGCUAAACUCUAUUGAGACAUUGAUUGUUACGAACGCUGCUGGUGGUAUAAAUGCUUCGUUUAAAACUGGUGAUUUGAUGUGCGUUUAUGAUCAUAUCAAUUUCCCUGGUUUAUGUGGCUUCCAUCCAUUAAGAGGACCAAACUUUGAUGAGUACGGACCAAGGUUUUUAGCUACGAGUGAUGCCUACGACUUGGAACUGCGUAAACUAUUGUUUGCCAAGCAAAAGGAGCUCAAGAUUGAAAGAACUAUCCAUGAAGGUACUUAUGCAUUUGUUCAUGGUCCAACGUUCGAGAGUAGAGCAGAGUCACGCUUCUUGAGAAUGGCAGGUGCAGAUGCUGUUGGUAUGAGUACCGUGCCCGAAGUCGUCACAGCUAGACAUUGUGGCUGGAAAGUACUUGCUUUGUCUUUGAUUACCAAUGAAUGUGUUGUUGACCCUCCAGCCAGUGUACGCGAUGAGAAACCAGUGCCAAUUCAGGAAGGUAAAGCGACCCAUGCUGAGGUGUUGGAAAAUAGUGCUAAGGCUUCUAAAGAUGUUCAAGACUUGAUUUAUGCUAUUGUUGCUGAGUUAUAA